UUUAUUCUGUUGUGAUUGAUAGUCUUCCCUCUGACGCCAAUAGUUGCCGACGACCAAGACAAAAGUUAAAUCGAACUAGAGAGCAGUUCCAGAUUCUGGCGUGGUGACGAAUCGAUACCUUGCUUCUAAUGCAUAAAUCAGUGAUCUCAUAGACGAUCCAAAACCAGUUCGAUUAGUAGGGGUCUUAGGGUUUUCAUCUGAGCGUGUGUCAUGGAUUUCCAGAAGAAGAGAAUCCAAUUUCUUAGUUUUAUUGUUGGCGUUAUCGUCCUCAGUUUCACAGCUGAAAAAUGCAGACAAAUGGUUGGAGAAACGGGAUCAUCCCAAAGUGGAAAGUUCACCAUCUUCAACUGUUUAGAUGGGGGUUCAGGAACAUUAGCAUGCAUAGUAAAAGAAAGUGUAAAGCUUUACACAUACAACAUCAGAACACUUCAUGUUGAAGUAGCAAGAAACAAAGCAAUCGAAGCAUCACUAGCAGAUGCAAUUUCACAAGGCAUGGAAGCCAAAGCUGCUGCAAAACAAGCCCAAAAAGAUGGAGCCAAAGCUGCAAAAAUGGCGACCCGGAAAGCUAAACGGAUCAUAGGCCCGAUUAUUUCAUCCGGGUGGGAUUUCUUUGAAGCCAUUUAUUAUGGAGGAACUGUGACUGAAGGGUUUCUCAGGGGUACAGGAACAUUGUUUGGGACUUAUUUUGUUGGGUAUUUAGGGGAAGAAAGGUUUGGGCGAUUUGGGUAUUUGGUUGGAAGUCAAUUUGGAAGUUGGAUUGGUGGAAGGAUUGGGCUUAUGGUUUAUGAUAUUGCUAAUGGUGUUCAUUUCUUGCUUGGGUUUGGUCAAUUUGAGGAGAAUGUUGGUCAACGGGAGGAGAAUGUUGGUCAAAUGGAGGAAAUUGUUGGUCAACUGGAGGAAAGUGUUAGUGAAAAUGGGUAUGGGGGUUCGUUUCUUGAAAUGGUCAUGGGUUAUGUGGGUUCGUAUUUGUCUGAAGAAUCUCAAGUGUCUGAGGAGGCUGAUGUUUUUGAAGCUCCGGUUUAUGAUAGCUUUGAGUCAACUGAAGAACUUUGAUAAAGUAAUUGUACUUUUAUUGGUUCUAUGUAUGUGUAGAAGCAUUGGAACAGUUAUUGCAACUUGUUAAUAUGCAACUGGUUGUGUAUGGAGUGGCAUAAGUUUUUAAAAUUCUAGAUACAUUAACUGCUUA